GUCAUUUUAUAUAUGGUAAGAUGCAUGUGCUCCCUGACGGUGCCGCCACCAAACAAUCUGCGGACCCCCCUGACGGUUCCGCAGCGUUACAUGUUUGGACCGGGACCAUCCAACGUCCCGCCACGCAUCUUGCAAGCCGGAGCCAAUCCAGUCAUCGGACACAUGCAUCCGGAGACUUUUGAGUUAAUGGCUGACAUCCGGAGCGGAAUACGGUACAUGUUCCAGACUGGAAACCAGGUGACUUUUGCGGUGAGCGGCACGGGCCACGCCGCCAUGGAGUGUGCUGUUUUUAAUGCCGUGGAGGCCGGCGACGUUGUGCUGGUUGCAGUUAACGGCAUCUGGGGAGAGCGGCUUGCGGCCAUGGCAGAACGGAUAGGUGCUCAGGUGAACACUAUUGUAACGUCCCCUGGUGGAGUCUUCACAAAUGCGGAAAUUGAGCAGGCGUUAUCCAAACACAGGCCUGCUCUGUUUUUCCUGGCACAUGGUGAAUCGUCCACAGGUGUUCUACACCCACUGGAUGGAAUCGGACAACUGUGUCAUAAAUAUGACUGUUUGUUCUUGGUGGACUCUGUGGCUUCAAUGGGCGGAGUUCCAGUAUAUAUGGACCAGCAAGAGAUCGACAUCCUGUACACGGGUUCUCAGAAGGUUCUGAACGCCCCACCUGGAACUGCACCCAUCUCCUUUAGUGAGCGGGCUUGUCGGAAAAUAUUCAACCGCAGAACAAAGCCUGUGUCAUUCUUCUUGGAUCUGUCCUGGCUGUCCAACUACUGGGGAUGCGACGGAAAAGACACGCGAAUGUACCAUCACACGGGCCCUGUCUCAGCUUUCUACUCCCUCAGGGAGAGCUUGGCCGUCCUAGUGGAGGAGGGUUUGGAACAUUCUUGGGAGAGACACAGGAAAGUGGCCGAGUAUUUCCAUGCAGGUCUCGAGCGUAUGGGACUCAAACUCUUCGUUGAGGAUAAGGCAUUGAGAUUACCAACCGUGACAACAAUCGUGGUUCCGCACGGAUACGACUGGAAGGAGAUCACGGCCUAUGUCAUGAAGACGCACAACCUGGAGAUUACAGGGGGCCUGGGACCCUCCGCUGGCAUGGUGCUUCGUGUUGGUCUGAUGGGAUGCAACAGCACCAUUUCCAGUGCUGACAUGGUGCUGGCGGCUCUGAGGGAUGCGCUGACGCACUGUCACAAGAGCAAAGUCUGA